GUCAUGUCAUGUGAUGUGAUAUCAUGUCAUGUGAUGUAAUAAUGAAUACAAUGAAAGCCAGAGACUAAUGUAAAACAUUGAUUUGUAGUUGUUGCGUGUGUGCAGGAUGCGAGGUUUGUUCUCAGUGACGCUGCUCGUGCUGCUGCUGACUCUCAGCUGUGAGGCCAGCCGGAGGAACAAGAACCACAAAGGUGGUAAACAUGAUAAGACCCGCCCCCCCUCAGACUGCCCCCCCGCAGAGACUCAGUACGGGAAGUGUGUCCCCGAGCAGGGAGACUGUGGAGACGGACUGAGAGACGCAGUGUGUGGAGAGACGAGAGACAAGAUCCACUGCGGAGUGCCCUGCAACUGGAAGAAGGACAUCAGCGACUGUAAGUACAAGUUCGCCCCCUGGGGGUCCUGCGACGCCGACACGAACACGAAGAGCCGCUCAGGAACUCUGAAGAGAGCUCUGUUCAACGCAGAGUGCCAGCCCAGCGUCACGGUGGCCAAGCCCUGCGCCUCCAAAGGGAAGAAGACCAGGGGGUAAAGAAGACCAACUGAAGGACAGAAGAAGACGAAGAUGACUUCCUCCUGACGAUCCUCUUCUUCAUCACAAACCGAGCCUCCUCUGAAACACUCCGACCUUCGACCUUUGCUCUGAUUUCUUCCCGCGUGUUUGCAGUAGCGCUGUAGCUCGUAGUGUUUAACGUAGUGAAGCUCCUCCCAGUAGCUGAAGAUAACGUCUGGAUCAAUCCUCUAUGAAAUCUAUUUUUGAACUUUAGAUUAUUGACGUUGCUUGAUGAGACUUGUAUGAAUGAACAAAAUAAAACCUGUACAUUGUU